AUGGCGUCCGCGAAAACACAUCGUCGAAAUUCAACGGGGAAUACUUGUCACGAUAGAACUGAUGAUCGGCUAAAGAGGGAACAUUUUCUUCACCCAAACUCUGAUCAAAUAGAUCUUAACCUGCUUCUUCAGGCUGUCCUAGAUAUUAACGAGAAAUUGAAUGAAAAACAAGGAGACACAACUGAACGAAAAAUGGAAGAUGUAGCAGAAACCCGAGUGAAGUUAACUUCGAAGGGUUAUUGGGACGAUGCAAGAGGGGUCAAAGAUUUCGACGACACAGCUUCAAGACAUUCAUCAGUGUCUACAGCAUCUAGAUCAAGGCCUAGAAGUGCUGUAAAUCUAAACGAAUCAAGGCGCCCGGCGCCUCUUGAACGCAAAAAUAUGUCGUUCAGUAACACAACGGUUGACGCUAUUGAUAGAGAAAACCAGAGACUGUUAAAAGUAAUUACAAGAACAAGAGGAAGGCCGAAGACGGCGCAACCGAAAAAAGCUGUCUCAGAACCAUUGAGGGUGCAAACAUCGUCUGAAGUGAAUAGAUUCAGGUUUCAAAGGAAAGUUGACAUGGAAAACCAGGUAAGAAAAAAAGCUUUAAUAAUAAUAUCAUAAGCAACUUCUGAAUUGAGGGGUCGAAAAUGAAUCGAGUCUAGUUGAUUUUAAUAUAUACUUACAGAAGAUCUGUAAAGUAAUCUUCCAUCAAGGCAUUAUUACUUUGUUUUCUUAAAUUGUUUGAAAAGUAUACAGUCUACAGUGUAAUUACUUUUCAAAGCGAUGAAUAAUACAUCACUGACGCUUUUUCAGCAGUCUGUGGAAUAAAUGCCUCAAAAUACACAAAGAAUGUUUCAGCCACUUAACAAACCAGCCUUUAUUUUCAUGCUGUCCCUAAAACGUGAACUUGGGCGUGUACACCAAUUUUGUUUUCAUUGUGAAACAAGCUGAUAAGUGCUCUUCUGUGAGUCGUUAAUGCAGUACAAAAACACCUAGCUGGAGAGCAAUAGACUCACUUGAACAAGACAAAAAGGGUUUUAAAUUAUAACUAAUUCCCUUGUUUUUCCUCUCCCAGGGCAAUCUCUUAUUCUGACCAACACAUAUGUGAUAAUUUUCUAUCACUAGCUCCAUAGGGCUUGUGUACAUGUAGAUGCAUACUGGUCUUCUUGGUUGCUACAUGUAUAAUCUCAUUAGCAUAUCAAAGUUCAGAAAUAGCCCUUCUGCAUGUUUACAUCAGGAAAGUAAAUUUCACCACCAAGUCCCAUUUUCAAAAUAUAAAGUCGCAAAGUUUUACAUAAAUGAAUUCCCAAGGCAGUACAGUUGAAAAGAAAACCCAUGCACUAAGAGUGCAAAUGCAAAGAAUUUUGCUCACUAACAAGGCUUGGUGGUGAAAUUUGCUCAUCUGACGUAAUCACAUAAGGGCCGUUGCUUGUCUUGCUUCCUUCUGUAUGUUACCAGUGCUCCUUGCUCCAACUAUUUUUGCCAUGGCAAAUUUAAAAAAUUUUUGAAUUGCAGAUAAAGUUAGCCAGCAGUGUGUUCAGGGUCUUGUGUGAAGCUAUAGUUUUUUUAAUAGUUACUAUAUGGUUAAGUUUUUAAAGUUUACAGUGUAAGUGAGAUAGUGAAUUUACCCUCUAGAUUACACCCUAUCAUAUUAUUAUAUAUACGGAACCCAAGAAGAUUCAUGUGUUACGUAAAAUCACCUUAAAACAGUUGUAUAAAAUAUUAUUUACACUGUAUAAUAUUUUCUAUCCGAAGCCCUGACUAACUACUAUUUUAGCCAAUAAUUAGGCAGCCCCAAGUAACUCCUGUGCCCAGUUGUUCAAAAGGUGGAUAGUGCUAUCUGGUGCAGUGUUCAAUCUAGAAAUUAUGGAAAGUGGGUCAAAUGUCCCACGUGACAUUUUAAAUUGGGUCGUUUCAAAAAUGGUCUGGGUCAAAUUAUUAUGAUAAUAAUAAACUUCGAAAAACUGGCAGACACAAGAACACACCCUGAACAAAGUCAACGAACGAAGCGUGAAUCGAUCGGCAACGUUGCAGAACGUCGUAGUAGCGUCCAGUCUCUCUCGGAAUUGGAACGCCUGACACAAACGUAGUCUGAAACACCAGUUAUUUCGCGACUUCGCGCGUUCAUAUAAGGCUAGUAAGCACACAUAUUUCUUUUUAAAUUUACUUUUAUUAUUGCCUGCUGCUUUGGAAGUACUUAUAUACGAGAAAACUUAUUUUGGGGGGUUUUUGUUUGCUGCUUUUUUUGCGUCAGUAUGACCCCACGAUCAUUUCAUUUUGCGUCAGAAUAGAAUAUUCUGCGUAAAUGAUGCAAAAACGCGGCCUAGAUUGAACAAUGCUGGUGGAUAAAUGUGUGGUUCCAGAAAAUACCCAGACCCCCACCACGGAGGGAAUUGGAAAUUCCAGGGGGGGGGGGGGGGGGGGGUCAGAGGCCCAGGAAAUUCCAGAAUGGAGGGGGGUUGGACCAUAAAAUCUCUUUCCAGGGGGUCAAUAUCACUUCGUUUUCGACCUGAGUUUGAACAUUGCUUCUUACCGACCUGGUAGAUCAUUUUUAGGACAUAAAUAACUUGAAAUAUAUCACUUAAGAUUGUUCCUUUUGAUCUUAACCAGGUUUCUUUUCUUCCAAAAGCGUUUUGGAUGUAAUUUCAAAGGAAUUAGACCAACUACAACUCGUUUUAUCGCAUGCUCGUGUAUUCAGCCGCCAUUACUCAUUACCAGUCUCCCUCAAAACAUCAACGCGUGCAACACAUCACGUUGCGUCAGUCGAGCGAUCAGUAGAGUGGGAAUUUUGCCUCACGAUGAACAAGCUAUACAUUGUAACCAUUUUAAAAUGUAGAGUUUUUAUUCUCCUUUUCAUUUUCCCUUAAUCUUGUGGUUGAAGGUGUGGCAAGUUCAUGAUCGAAUCCUCGCUGAAAUGCUGUCGAUUUCACCAAACAUUUAUACGGCCAUCGCGCAUCAUGUCGCAUCAGUUGAUCGAAAAACAGUAAAUUGAACUUGGUUUCCCUUCAAGAUGCAGGGGGUAUUCAUUGCCAUCAUUUUAGAGUUCAGAGUUUUUAUUCUUCUAUUUGUUUAAGCAUUAAUUUUGUGGUGGUAAGUUUGACUUGUUCUGCAUCCCACACGAAAUGGCGUUAAUUCUAUCAACAUUACGCCCAUGAAGACGAAUAACAAAUCGUAAGCUUGCCCUGAUUAAGGUAAAUUCACAAAUAUAACGGACUUAUUAACUUUCUCUGUUUCAUUUAAAGUAAGAGAUGAGCAAAAAUUGCGGAUCAGGUUACUUUGUGGUUGUGUAGUGUGUUUUAAUGUUGCGAGAUCGCUCCAAUAAAUGGCAACAGAAGUAUACAAGCUUCUGAUGGAAACCGUUGCGUACUAACCAUAAAUGGAUGCAUUCUUCAACUUUAAUAGUCUUUCUUCGUGAAAAUGAACUUUUCCAGAGGGUUUGGGGGGUCUUUGUCACACUUGUGGAAAUUCCGAGGGGGUGGGGGGUCAUCAGUUCCCUGCAAAAAUGGAAAAUCCAGGGAGGUGGGGGGUCCUAAGUGAAAUUCCCUCCGUGGUGGGGGUCUGGAUAUUUUCUGGAACUACACAAUCUCUAUCCAGUGGAUAGUGCAAUUGGUUUCCCAAAUACUUAUCCACUGGAUAGCAAUUUAUCCGGUGGAUAGCGCUAUCAAACAUUUGAACAACUGGGGCCUGAUCUAAAUUAAUAUCAGGGGCACCCAGCGACGGUUUCCUCCUACCACAUUGAAAACACUUUUUAGGCCAUCCCGAGUACUUUAAGAUCUCUAGAAAUGCAUUCUAAGUGGUGCUGUGAAAUUUGUAUCUGUUCGGUCAUCCUAGGGGAACUUGAGCCUUUUCGAAAUUACAGGGGCUUCAGCAUUCUUUUCCCGAAACUUUUAGAUGCAAUUUAAUGUAUUACGAAAGUGAGAAUUUUUCUGAUUUUUCUCUCUAUCACAAUUUUUAAUCCAUAUAUUUUUGGUCUCCUUUUUUCAACAAAAAAUCGCCUUAACUGGGGAAUGAAUUGUGAAAAAUCAAAAUUCAGAAAAUUGUAGGGGAUAUAUUACCUUCGAAAAUUGUAUAUGAAUACAUGGUCAUCUAGACCUUUUUAGCCAUCCUCAAGUCAAAGAAAAUUCUAGGUAAUAUUUGCUUCUCCGAACAGAUAUUUUACAGAAAACAGUCGUUGGGUGUCCCUGUUAAUGUUCUCUUUUUGAUUUACAAAGGACAAAUCAGGCAAACUGGAGGAAAACCUAUCAGACGAUCAAAGACGUCUAGGGGUUAAGUUAAUUGCACUCAAAGUAAAAUAUGUAGGAUUGUAACAAUACAAAUUAUCAUUCAUUGCCAAUUUUUUUCCUUUUCAUUGGCCAAGAGCCCACCAAGUGACCUGCAAAUAACUGCCUACAAAUAAUGGUCUGCUAAUGUGCAAUGUCAUCUAACUAAUUCUUUGGCUGCAAAUAAUAAAUUACUCUUCUCAUGCGUUAAUGAAACCAUGCUUUUCUCCUUCUUGCGAUCGCUCAUGGAAAUGGCAAAUCGCUUUGCUUCCCGAGGAUAUUCAUUAAAAAAACCAACUCAGUGAUCGAAUAAUAAAACAAUGAUUGAACUCAGUUAUCGCAAAAUAUCGAGAUUUGCCAGUGUCUUGCAGACCAAAAAUACAGACUGCAAUACAUGCAAGGACCACUGUACCAUGCACAAUACUCUGCGAAACUAGUCAAGACUAGUUUCCUGUGCUUAGUUAUGCCCAAUACUGCACAGCUGACAAGUGACAAAUAAAUUAUGAGCAUACCUUUGUUCCCCAUCUUGUCUACCAUCUGUCAGAAUAAGAUGAGAAGCAAGGAUGGCUAAUUUUUCAUUUCCUUGUUUUCAUUGUAAAUCACAAAUUAUGGCUAAAAUGCAGUGGUUGGUUAAAAAAUGAUAAAGACAAUGAUUUCAAAUGAUUUUAAUGUAGCAUACAGUGUAUAAUAUUAUUGUGUUGCAAUAUUGUUAUCUCUUUGUCAAAUGUUAAUAUUCAUAUCUUGGGAAGGAUAUCAGCAUUUCUCAAUGCAUUGGGUUAUCAUUACAACCACCAUAACUAAAAAAGUAUGUUAUAGGAAUGCAAGCAAUAUCAAGGCAGUAAGAACCUCAAAUUUAUAUACUAAAACUGAUUAUUUUUCUUUCUUCUUCCUUCUUAAGAAAUUGCUGCAAAGACUUGAAGCCAUCAGACCAACAAGAAGUUUGUCAAGAGACUCUUUACUCAAAGACCACUUAAAACAAAAACAGUACUCAAAAACAGCCUCAAGAAGUCGACCUUCUAGUGCUAAGAGUACAACAUCGAGUGUCUCCCAUUUUUCACGUUCUCCCAGUGAGUCAAGUCUGAUGAUUGGAGAUUCGCUGAGUGUUGCAAGUUCCAGGAUAUCAAGUGGCUCACGUCAAUCUGCACAGCGGAGAAAAAUUUCUAGACCUGUAUGGGAAUCUGGGUGGUAG